AUGAUUGACGGCGGGGAGCCUGCCAUCGCCGGCCACUUCUACCGCAUCCCCCGCCUCUCGGGACGGAUUGUGGGCCUCUGGCCGCAGAGGAUCAAUGGAAACAAAGGUGGUCGUCCUUGGCACGCCCACCUGCUCUUCGGGUUCGCCUUCGCCGUGGUGCUGAUGGGGGCGGUGGGCGAGGUGAGCUACGGCUGUGUGCACCUGGACAACCUGGUGGUGGCCCUCGAGGCCUUCUGCCCCGGAACCACCAAGGCGGUGUGCGUGCUCAAGCUGUGGGUCUUCUUCCGCUCCAACAGAAAGUGGGCGGAGCUGGUCCAGCGCCUGCGGCUGAUGCUCUGGCAGGCGCGGCGGGAGGAGGGCCAGCGGAUGCUGGUCCAGCUGGCCACCACCGCCAACCGGUGGAGCCUGCUGCUCCUCAGCUCCGGCACGAUGACCAACACCGCCUUCAACCUGCAGCCGCUGAUUAUGGGUCUGUAUCGCUGGCUCGUCGAGCUGCCGGGCCAGGUGGAGCUGCCCUUUAACAUCAUCCUGCCUUCGUUCGCCGUGCAGCCAGGACUCUUCCCGUUCACCUACAUGAUGCUGACCGCUUCCGGGGCAUGCACCGUGUUCGCCUUCAGCUUCGUGGACGGCUUCUUCCUCUGCUCGUGCCUCUACAUCUGCGGCGUCUUUCGGCUGGUGCAGCAGGACAUUCGCAGGAUAUUCGCCGAUUUGCAUGGCGAUUCAGUAGAUACCUUCACGGAGGCCAUGAACGCGGAGGUGCGGGAAAAACUGGCCAAAGUCGUCGAGCGGCACAAUGCGAUUAUCGAUUUCUGCACGGACCUAACACGCCAGUUCACCGUUAUCGUUUUAAUGCAUUUCCUGUCCGCCGCUUUCGUCCUGUGCUCCACCAUCCUGGACAUCAUGUUGAACACGUCGUCGCUGAGCGGCUUAACCUACAUCUGCUACAUCAUCGCGGCCCUAACGCAACUAUUCCUCUACUGCUUCGGCGGCAAUCACGUUAGCGAAAGUAGUGCUGCUGUGGCGGACGUGCUGUACGACAUUGAGUGGUACAAAUGCGAUGCGAGGACUAGGAAAGUGAUUUUAAUGAUAUUGCGGCGUUCGCAGCGGGCAAAAACAAUUGCGGUGCCGUUUUUUACGCCAUCACUGCCGGCUCUUGGUUCAAUACUCAGCACAGCCGGCUCAUAUAUCACGCUGCUGAAGACGUUUCUGUAA